UGGCGGUCCAGGAGAUUUCUAGCAAAGAGGCUGCAGGCGGGCAGUGGGUUAGAAGCUUAUCCCGGAAUUCCUCAAUCCACUGGCCAGGUGCCUCCCAAGCCUCUCAUGUCUCUCACCGGACCCUUCCUGCUCAGGCAGCUCUGCAGGGCCUCCUGCCUGCCCUGGGUCUCAGGACCUCUGGAAACUGAAUGCCAGGUUGCAGGCUCUUGGUUCUUGUGCCAGGCUCAGCCCUCCUUCCCUCCACCUUGUCAUGGCCAACGCAACGCUGAGUCUGCUCUGCCCGCUCAUGGAGGAGUUGAGACAGGUCCCAAGCCAUAGCAACUUCAGCAUGCGCUAUCUGGACCACGUGUCGGUGGUGCUGCACGGGCUGGCAGCGCUGCUGGGCCUGGUGGAGAACGGACUCAUUCUGUUCGUGGUGGGCUGUCGCAUGCGCCAGACAGUGGUCACCACCUGGGUGCUGCACCUGGCGCUGUCCGACCUGCUGGCCGCAGCCUGCCUUCCCUUCUUCACCUACUUCCUGGCGGUGGACCACUCGUGGGAGCUGGGCACCACCUUCUGCAAGCUGCACUCCUCGGUCUUCUUCCUCAACAUGUUCGCCAGCAGCUUCCUGCUCAGCGCCAUCAGCUUGGACCGCUGCCUGCAGGUGGUGCGGCCGGUGUGGGCGCAGAACCACCGCACGGUGGCGGCGGCGCACAGGGUGUGCCUAUCUCUCUGGGCCUUGGCGGUGCUCAACACCGUGCUGUAUUUCGUGUUCCGGGACACCAUCCCGCGGGUGGACGGCCGCAUCAUUUGCUACUACAACAUGCUGCUCUUGAACCCGGGUCCCGACAGCAACGCCACGUGCGACUCUCGCCAGAAGACCCUGGCAGUCAGCAAGUUCUUGCUGGCCUUCUUGGUGCCGCUGGCCAUCAUUACUUUGAGCCACACGGCUGUGAGUGUGCGCCUGCGCCACCGCGGCCGCCGCCACCGCGGCCGCUUCGUGCGUCUGGUGACCGGCAUCGUGGCGGCCUUCGUGUUGUGCUGGGGGCCCUACCAUGCCUUCUGCCUGAUGGAGGCGCGCUCACACGCCGUACCCCCGCUGCGGCCACUGGCACGGCGCUGGCUGCCCUUCGUCACCAGCCUUGCCUUCUUCAACAGCGUGGUCAACCCGCUGCUCUACGUGCUCACCUGCCCCGAUGUGGUGCACAAGCUGCGGCGCUCGCUGCGCGCGGUCAUGGAGAGUGUGCUGGUGGACGACAGCGACUUGGGCGCUGGUCCGGGCAGCCGCCGCGGCUAGCGAGCCUCCUCCACCACCACCUCGGCCUCCACCCUGUCACUGGCCGGCCGCCUCCCGCAGGCUCUGCGUCCCGCACGCCUCCUUGGCUGGCUACGGGGCAACAGGCUGCAGCGUGGUGGAGCAGUGUCCCCGCAGAGGGACCACACAGCGUCGCAGGACGAGAAGGGCCCCCUGAACUGCACACCCAGCUCCAUGACCGAAUAGACCCACGGGGCCUCAUCACAUGCCAAUGCCAGCCCAUGAGACUGUACCCCUUCAGGAAGGGAGGGUCUCUUUGUAGCCCCAGCUAGCCUGGAACUCGCUAUGCCUGAAACACUGAUCCACCUGCCUCUGCCUCCCUGGAUGAAAGCCUAGCUUUAAACAGGCUUCCUAAACACUUUAAUCUUGCAGUGUGGAGGUGCUGAGGAGCCAGUUUCAGUCUACUGGGGCACAAGAGCUGCAGGACAGUGUCAAAGCCAGCUUUGAAGAAGGGGGAACCCCGUGGAUUCUGACUGUUGGUCCCCAGGCUUAUGUGUGAUGGGAAGACUGAGACUGGACUACACAGUGGAGCACUAAAGUGCCUGUGCUCCUGUGGAUCUUAGUGUGGCCACUCAGCAGGGAGGGGCCAGGGCUGACUUCCAGUUCUAACACCUCCCAGGCUGCUGGCCCAAGAACAAUUAGGGUUAAUCCAAGGUUAAAGUCCCAUGUCUCCAAAGGCACUGCUCUGUUGACAGACAGUAAGGAGGGGGUUCAUCAAAGAACAGUGGUAUAUUUGGGGUAGUGUGAGGAAGGGGUUGAGAAGCAGCCACCUUCACUGAGUUUGACCUUUGGCCAGCCACUUUAUCCCAACCACCUUUGGGGUCAGCUUGUUAGCCUUAUAGGAUCUUAACUGCAGUUUUAGAGUGCUGCCACCAGGAUCUGCACUCUGGCCUCCACAUUCACACAAUUCUAUCCAGAAAGAACAUCUAACCUCCUUCAGGGUACAUACAGUACAGCUGCCUCAUCCAGAUAGGGUCUGGUGCCAAACUGGGUGGGAGGGGCAAUCUUGCAUGUCAUGGACCUUCUACCAGUGUCAAAAGUCCUCCCUACCAUGGACCACAGGGCAGGCAGCUAUAACACAUCUCUGUAUCCCAGAGGGAGGAGAGCAGAUAUGGAAGAAGCAUUAGUGGAAGAACUGGGAUGGGAAAUUCUUAGGGUCUCUCAGACCAAAG